AUGGUGAACCUACUCCGCUCCCUCUCGCUGCUGCUCUCAGCAGGCGUGGCCUAUGCGUCUCUCCAGAUCGUGCCCGGGGCGACGGUGACCGGUACCAACACCGGCGCUCACGUCCAGGCCCACGGCGCUGGUGUCAUCGAGGUCGACGGGACAUAUUACCUGAUCGGCGAGGACAAGACCACGGGCUCGGCGUUCCAGAACAUCAACUGCUACUCGUCCAAGGACCUCGUGUCGUGGACCUACGUCGGCGCGCUGCUGUCGCGCACGGCGUCGGGCGACCUGGGCCCCAGCCGCGUCGUCGAGAGGCCAAAGGUCAUCUACAACUCGUCCACCAAGAAGUACGUGCUCUACCUGCACAUCGACGACUCGUCGUACGGCGAGGCCAAGGUCGGCGUCGCGACCGGUGACUCGGUGUGCGGCACAUAUAAUUACCUGGGCAGCUGGCGGCCGCUCGGGUUCCAAUCGCGUGACAUUGGGCUGUUCCAGGAUGACGAUGGGAAGGCGUAUCUGCUGACGGAAGACCGUGCUAACGGCCUCCGGAUCGACGCGCUCACCUCGGACUACCUCAACGUUUCGUCCAGCGUCUACACUUUCGGCAGCUACGAGGCACCGGCGAUCGUGAAGAAAAACGGCUACUACUUCCUUUUCGCAUCCAAGCUGACAGGCUGGAAUGCAAACGACAACGUCUACACAUAUUCGACGAGCCUGUCGUCCGGGUGGUCGGCGUGGGCGACAUUUGCGACGGCAGGGAGCAACACGUACACGUCGCAGACCAACUACGUGCUGCCCGUGUCCAACAGCCUGACCAUGUACCUGGGCGACCGCUGGGUAUCGUCCAACCUGAUGGCGUCGACUUACGUGUGGCUGCCCCUGACGUUCUCGGGCACAACGGUGACCAUGGCGAACUACGUCAACUGGGUGCCCAACGUCGCGGGCGGGGGGGCGUGGACGGCGGGCCCGAGCGAGAGCCAGCCCGAGGGCGAGGCGGCGACGCUCACCAACGGCGCCAAGACGGUGACCUGCAGCGGGUGCAGCGGCGGCUCCGCGGCCGGGUACAUCGGCGGCAGCACGGGCGGCACUGUCACGUUCAGCGGGGUCGUGAGCAGCGCCGCGACGACGAGCUCGAUCCGCAUAAAGUACGAGAACGGCGACUCCUCCCAGCGGUACGCGGACGUGACGUGCAACGGGGUCAAGCAGAAGAUUGCGUUCCUGCCGACUGCCUCGGGCAACGGCGCGCCCGGGUCGAGCGUGGUUAACUGUGCCCUCAAGUCGGGCAGUGACAAUGUGGUUGUUAUCUCACAGACUGAUGGGACUUAUGGGCCUGAUGUGGACAGGAUCAUGGUGCCUGCAAGCUGA